AUGCCAGAAGCAACACCCUGGAAGGCCUGUGCUGGCUUGGAACGAAAGGUUGCUACAACUGCGGAGAAGUGGGACAUCUCAACCAGAACUGCCCAAAGAGAGGAAUCACUUGUUUCAACUACCAGAGCAAGUCAUUCAUUCAUGUCAUAUGCAUGUGUUGAAGUACUAGGAGAAAAACCAGAAAACUUGAACUGUCGUAGGAUUGUGGCAACCUCAAUGGGGAAGUCUCUAGAAACCUCUUCAGGAUACAAAAAUAUGAAGAUUCAGAUAGGAGAAGUUGAGUUCCUGGUGGAUCUGAUCAUUCUGGAAUUUCAGGAUUUUGACGUGAUUCUAGGAAAAGACUUCCUAACCAAAUACAACGCUACAUUGGACUGUAAAGCUAAGAUAAUCUGUCUAAAGAGCAGAGACUCGAACGUCAAGUUUCGAGGGCAAAAGAGGGCAAGUGAACGAAAGUGGAUCUUGGCUCUAAAAGCUGAGAAACUAUUACGUCGAGGGGCUCAGGGAUACUUGGCUUGUGUCCAAGGGAAAAGCGAGGAACCAUUAAAGAUCAAAGAAGUGCGGAUCGUUAGAGAGUUCAGGGAUGUGUUUCCCGAAGAAUUACCUGGAUUGCCACCCUAG